UCCAUGCAUUACUAGAGCAGUUUGUACUUGGCUUUCGACGUGUUCGCAGACAUGACCGCCACUGGGAUAGUUUUGCUGCUCGUCCUCCUCAUUCUUGGAGUAACCACAGCCAACGAUACCAAGGGACGCAUUGUGGGCGGAGCCGAGCAGGCCAUUCACAAUGCGCCCUGGCAGGUGUCCAUACAGAUCAGUGCACGUCACGAAUGCGGCGGCGUCAUCUACAGCAAGGAUAUUAUUAUCACGGCGGGGCACUGCUUGGACGGGAAAUCCGUUACUCUGAUGAAGGUGCGCGUGGGUGCCGAACACCACAACUACGGCGGAACUUUGGUACCUGUAGCGGCCUACAAGGUACACGAGAAGUUCGACUUGAAAUAUCUCCACUACGAUAUUGCCGUGAUGCGUCUGUCCGCACCUCUCAGCUUCGGCCUCUCCAUAAAGGCCAUCAAUUUGGCCAGAGUAAGUCCCUCAGGCGGAACAAAUGCCACCGUUAGCGGUUGGGGCUACACAGAGCAGGACGGUAGCUACGCCGGCAACCUCCAGACGGUCCAGCUGCAGAUCAUCGAGCGAGGACAAUGCGCCUCCACCACUUAUGGCUACGGCUGGGACUAUGUUGGGGAGGAAACGAUCUGCGCCGCCUACGCUGAAAGGGAUGCCUGCACGGGAGACUCUGGUGGUCCACUGGUAGCGAACCACUUGCUGGUGGGCAUCGUCUCCUGGGGAUACAAGUGUGCGCUUGAUAACUACCCGGGUGUGUAUGCAGAUGUGGCCGUUCUAAGACCUUGGAUAGUUAACGCAGCAAAUGCAAUUUAAAUAGUUAUGGAAGAAAAAUAAAGCACACUUCUUCACAUUUUACAAA